UGAGUGAUUGGUAACAGUUGGAAAUUGGGUCCUCGAACUCUCCAAGAUUACUCCCACAGUCUCCUCAUAUCUCAUUUUGAAAUUCAACAGAAAUUUGGAAUUCUCCUCCUUAGGAGAGAGAGAGAUUGGAGGAGGGAAAUGGGACUGUAGAUAGUCCUUCAAAAUUGAAAAUUUCUCUUCCAAUAUCUUCAACAAAAAAAUUAAGUAGAGGCAUCAGCAGUUUCAAAUUAUUAUCCGACCAUAUUAAACAAAUCAAAUGCGAAAGUGAUCAUUAAUAAUAAUAAGGUUUUAUUUCUACUCCAUUACUUUACUCCAUUGUUUGUAGCUUUUAUAAACAAUGAAUCUUCAAAGACGAGUUAACGGGUUGAAUCGUCGACUCAGUUCUCUUCUUCUUCAUCAUCCUCAUCUUCUUCUUCUCCUUUUUUGUUGAUUUCAGCUGCAAUUCUUAUCUUGCUUUUCUAUGACUGGUGCAUUGUGUAGGAUUGAUGAGAGAUGCAGAGAUCACGUAAAGCUCUUCAGCAACGAAGAGAUUUGAAGAAGGCGAUUGGCAGAAACCAUUUGUAUAAAGUUUCACUUUCCUUAGUUAUCAUUCUUUGGGGACUCGUCUUUCUUUUGAAUUCGUGGAUUGGUCAUGGUGAUGCGCAUCAAGAUGAAUCUAGAGCGCCUGCUCUUAAUGUCUCAAGCUGGGAUGAAAGCAAACUUGGAACUGAUGCAGCUUCUGAUACUGUACAUGAACAUCCAUUAUCUUCAUUAGAGAAUAAGCAUUUGAAUGAAACCUGUGCCGAAUAUGCUUAUGAGACUUCCUGCUAUAACAGCACCAUGGUCAAAGAAGCCAGUGGUGAGGUGCAAUCCGGAGAAAAUACUCUAAACAAUACUAGUACAGAUGUUACAGGAUCUGCAGACCAUGUUGAGGUGGAAACUGUCAACUCAGACUUGGAUCACAGAGAAGGCACUGUAAAGACUGAGAGACUAACUCGCACUGUGCCUCGUGGUCUAGAUGAAUUUAAAAAGAAGGCUUUUAAUUCUAAAAAUGCGCAUGUACCUGGUGCGACAGGGAGUGUCAUUCAUAGAAUGGAGCCUGGGGGUGGUGUAUACAACUAUGCUUCAGCUGCAAAAGGAGCUAAGGUGUUGGAUUCUAACAAAGAAGCCAAAGGUGCUUCUAAUAUUUUAAACAAGGAUAAGGACAAGUAUCUUAGAAACCCUUGUUCAGCUGAGGGAAAAUUUGUUGUCAUAGAACUUUCUGAAGAAACUCUAGUUGAUACAAUCAAAAUAGCAAAUUUUGAGCAUUACUCUUCAAACUUGAAAGACUUUGAGCUACUUGGAAGUCAGGUUUACCCUACACAAACAUGGGUAAAAUUGGGCAAUUUUUCUGCUGGAAAUGUGAAGCAUGCUCAAAGCUUUGCUCUAAUAGAGCCCAAAUGGGUGAGAUACCUGAAGUUGAAUAUAUUAAGCCACUAUGGGUCUGAGCAUUAUUGUACACUAAGUAGUGUCGAAGUGUACGGUGUUGAUGCUGUUGAGAAAAUGUUAGAGGAUCUGAUAGCUGUUCCUGAUCAUCAUCAUUAUGCAAAUGGGGAACCAGCAGAUGAACAGGAACUCACGCAGCCUGUUGCAGAACCUGCCGAGAGCAACAGCCCAGAUCAGAAUCCUUCCAGUGAGAGUGAGACAGAAGAAGAUAAGAACUUGAAACAUGAUGAAACAAACAACGCAAAUCCUGAUCCAGUGGAAGAAGUGCGUCACCCACAGAUCAGCAGAAUGCCUGGUGAUACAGUUCUUAAGAUACUGAUGCAAAAAGUUCGAGCACUGGACUUGAGUUUAUCUGUUCUAGAGCGGUACUUGGAGGAGGUCAACUCCAGAUAUGCAAGCAUUUUUAAAGAAUUUGAUAAAGAGAUGGAAGAGAAAGAACUGUUAUUAGAGAAGACCAGAUUGGAUAUAAAGAAUGCUCUUGAUAGCAGGGAUGUUAUUGCUAAGGAUGUUGAUGACCUUGUGGCUUGGAGAUCCUUAGUGUCCAUGCAGUUGGAUGGCUUACUAAAGGACAAUGCUAUUCUCAGGUCAGAUGUCCGAAAGGUCCAAGAAAAACAAUUGUACAUGGAGAGCAAGGGUAUUGUGGUAUUUCUUAUGAGCGUAAUUUUCAGUCUCUUUGCUCUCGCUAUGCUGUUCACAGAUAUUAUAGUAAAUAGUGUUUAUAUACCAGAAAAGUCCAGGAAAUUUUGUUUGAUGAAGUCUUCCUGGUUUUUCCUCUUUUUGAGCUGUAGCACUACUAUUGUCAUCCUUUCACUAUAAACAGCGGCUUGUAUGUUCUUAUUGAGUUUAUAUACAUAAUAUAUAUACACACAUGAAUGAUCCAUUAGCCCAGAACA